ACCGUCUGCUGGGGAGAGACAGAGGAAAAGUUAGUCAAGAUGGCAAAUCCCUCAGACCCGGAGUGAAGGGGCACCGCUCCCCAAAAAGCUGAGCCUGUUGCCCGUCCUGAGACAAACCCAACGAUGCAAACUGCGCCAGGAGGCGUAAGAGGGAUUCCCUGAAGAAAAAUGCCAGUGAGGCUGAAGCUGAUGUGACACAGCGUGUGCUGGAAGAAAGCUGACUCAUCAAAUAUCAAUCCCUCUGGGAGCGACUAAGCAGCCGAGAGCAGCUCAUAUCUCCUAAUGCCUAGCUAGAAGAGCACCUCACACCCCCACCACCAAGGGAGAUUAACAGACAGGAGAAGCAGCAGGAAUAUAUCCAACACCGGCUGUUGGUGAAACAAAUUUUGGCCUCAGAAGGCCAAUGAGAGCCUGGUGUUCUGCUGUCCCAGCUAAUAAUGACAAAGCUAAGAAUGGCAAACCAGCACUUCAGCUGAACUUCACUGACUGACCCCACAGAGACAUCAACAACCAGCUGAUAAGAGCAGCAUCAUCCUCCAUCAGUUUUACCCAAACCAUCAGUGUAAAGUUUUGGGGGAAGUUUCUCUCUGAGUCGCUCCCCACACCUUUCAGCCCAGCCCGGCACCACCACAGUCAGUCCACCUUUAACCCGCCUCGCAGACCAUGAUGUUUCGUGAUCAGGUGGGCGUGCUAGCCAGCUGGUUCAAGGGGUGGAAUGAGUGUGAGCAGACAGUGGCUCUGCUUUCCCUGCUGAAAAGGGUGAGCCGGACCCAGGCCCGCUUCCUGCAGCUCUGUCUGGAGCACUCCCUUGCCGAAUGCACCGAACUGCAGGUCCUGGAGGGAGAGGCCAACAACCCAGGAGUGAUCAGCCAGUGGCAAGGCGAGCCUAAGGAGCGUGUCAUCUCACUUGUCCUCACCCAUCUCCCACUGCUCAAACCUGGCAAUGUUGAAGCCAAGGGUGAGUAUAUGCGCCUGCUGCCACGCAUCCUGGCCCACACCAUUGAGCAUGGCCACCACCUGGAGGAGUCUCGCCAGCUCCUGUCCUACGCCCUCAUCCAUCCCGCCACCUCCUUGGAAGACCGCGCUGCCCUGGCACUCUGGCUCAACCACCUGGAGGAAAGGGCUGCUGCUCGGGGAGACUCACUGGAAAGGCCUCCUCCUGCGGGGCCACACCACCACCACCACCAGUCCACACCUCCAUCCACCCUCACCUCAUCAGGAUCCUCCUCCUCCACUAACACCUCUUCAUCAGGCAACCUGUACUCCUUGCAUCACCACCAGCGCUACGGCUCAGACGACCGCCUCAAUGGGUGGCAGAGCUCCAGGGAUUCAGGGCUGGGCGGAGGAUGGCAUCAGCAGCAGCAGGGCUGUGAGAAUGGGCACCUGCUUCUCUACCCAUCGUCUUCUGUUCCGGCAACCAUAAACACAGUUGGAACUGGUGGAGGCGGUAACACUAUCCUGACGAGUGGAGGUGGCAGUCAGCCUCACAGUCCCCUGAAGCGCUCCGUGUCCCUGACGCCUCCCAUGAGCGGCCCCAGCAACCAGCCUCUGGGCCAUGUCUGGCUGUCUCAGGAGGACCUACGGACCACUCGAGGCCCAGCCCCAGACCACGCACCUCUAUCACCCCAGAGCAGCAUCGCCUCCUCAGGCAGUGGUGGCAGUGAGCAUCUGGAGGAGGCUGGUUUAGGAGGUGGUUCAGGUCUGCAUCGUAGUUCCUUUCAUGAGGAGGGCAGUGGCAUGAGGGAUGUUCCUGCGUGGCUGAAGAGUCUCCGUCUCCAUAAAUACGCCGCUCUCUUUUCCACUAUGACCUAUGAUGAGAUGAUGUCACUGACUGAAGACCAGCUAGAGGCACAGAAAGUCACUAAAGGAGCAAGACACAAGAUCGUCAUCAGCAUUCAGAAGCUCAAAGAGAGGCAGAACCUACUGCGCAGCUUGGAAAAGGACGUGUUGGAGGGCAGUAAUCUGCGCGCCCCGCUGCAGGAGCUCCACCAGAUGAUCAUGACGCCUAUCAAGGCUUUCAGUGGUGGUGAAGAGGCCUCCCUGCAGCGCCCCCUCCUGAGCCCUGAGGGCAAGAACGCUGCACCUGGCUCCCACCUGGGUGGGGGAGGUGGAGGGGAAGCAGAGUCAGGCGCAAGUGUCAUCGCAGAGGGGGAUCUACCCGGCCAGUUCACUCGUGUUAUGGGCAAAGUUUGUACACAGCUACUGGUGUCGAGGUCAGACGAGGACAACAUCAGCUCCUACCUACAACUCAUCGACAAGUGCCUUAUCCAUGAGUCCUUCACUGAGACGCAGAAGAAGAGGCUGUUGUCAUGGAAACAACAGGUCCAGAGGCUGUUCCGGUCCAUUCCCAGGAAAACCCUACUUGACAUAGCAGGGUACAGACCGCAGAGGAGCCGUUUUGGCCAGUCUAACUCUCUCCCCACCGCUGGCUGUGUUGGGGGCAGCGUGUCGACCAGGAGGAGCCUUCGCCAGUUCCAGAUGCCCUCCAGGAGCUUGCCGGGUGCCAGGCUGGGCCUGUUGGGAAGCGGGGGGCUGCUAGGACCCACACCUCGCAGCUCCAGCAGCACACCUACCGGUCCCAAGCAGGGGAGACAGGGUCUGUGGUUCGCCAACCCUGGAGGAAGCAACAGCAUGCCCAGCCGGACCCACAGCUCUGUGCAGAGGACCCGCUCCCUGCCGGUUCACACCACGCCACAAACCAUGGUCAUGUUCCAACAAGCUGAUCAUCAGUUACCAGUGACAGAGCCAGACAUCAACAAUCGCCUUGAGUCUCUGUGUCUGAGUAUGACAGAGCACGCCUUGGGAGACGGUGCUGACCGCACAUCAACAAUAUGAACUGAGGCCUGAGUGAGAGCAGCAGGACAGCGCAGGUUCACGGGGCUCUCUCACGAUAAGUCACCUCGAGGUCACCAGCCCUCCCAUUCCCUCUCCCUGUAGCCAAUGGUAGAGCUCAACCAAAGGACCGGGUGGGAUCCAAGAAACACAAGAGAGCCGAUCAUCAAACGGCCAACACAAGCUAUCACAUUGGCACCGUCCAUUGGGUCGGAAAAACACACUUCCUGCUCCGCCAGCAUGCUCACAGUCACCUGCAUCUGGGUGAGGAGAGAGAAAAGCAUUGAACACGACCUGGACAGUGUGUGUACAGCGCCCCCCCACCCCCACCCCCACCGGGGAGUCCAGAAGCAGUAUUGCAGUCCAGUCAGCCCCAGCAGAAGGGAGACGCUGGCCCUCUGGAUCAGGGCCCAGUGAGACUGAGGCCCCUUCCCUCUCCAACACCUUCUGGUCCCUGCACAUCGACCACAGCUCGUGGCAUCUUUCAAAUCCAUAACAGUACCUCAGACCCAAAAACAAGACAAGACAAGCAGAGCUACAAGGACGCAGAAGGAAGUUUGGGAUUUCCUGGACUGGUUUCAGUGAGGACAGAGUGUCCAGGAUGCUUUCAGAGCUUGGGAAGGCCUCUUGCUCAGUGUUGGGUGGCAAAAAAAUCAUUUAUUUGUGUUGUAUGUAUUUAUUGUUUACAUAAUGAUGCUACUUUCAAAGGGUACAGAAACAUGUAUGAAUUUCAGGUAUGAAUCGUGUUAUAUUCUGUAAAGCCUUGGCUGAUUCCCAUGAGUAGCUGUCACGCUAGUUUACAACCGACCUACUUAUCCUUUAUUUUAUCAGCCAACAACAAAGACACAAAUGUUCCCUUGAACAUUUACCAAGAGAGAACGAGAGAGGAGAAUGAGAGAGAGGGAGGUAGAGCAGAUGUAUGAAGACGGAUAAGAGGAAGAAGGUGAGGUGGAGAAAGACACAGAAAGUAGGGAAGAAAGAAUAAAGCUGAAGUGAUGCAGGAAAGGGAAGCGGAUGUUUAAAGACAUCAGAGGCAGGACCUUUGAUCGGCUGAAGAUGACGGAGGAAGAUGAUGUCAUGUCUAAUCAUGUUGUGAGUCUGUUCAUGUGAGUGAGUGUAGGAGGAGGUCAAUUAGGCACCGGUCAGUUACAUAUUGUUUAUCCACAGCAUGUACUGUAUGAACUCUUUGAAUUCAGAGCCUUUGCAGGCACAAUACAUGAAAAUGUAGGUUCGUGUACACGUAAAUGGGAGAUGAAUGCAGCUUUGUCGUCAGUGGGAUCUGUCUGCAUGUUCAGAAACUGGGCUCAGUAAUUUUUCUAAAGCAGGGUGAGAUGCUUAAGCUGCAUGUUACAACUAAAUAUCUUUCUCAGUGGAAAAGGAAGACUGUGAAAUGUGUGAAGUAGAACAAAACAGGAGGUCGAUUUGGUUUCCACGCGGACCGUGUUGACCGAUUGCAACAUCGGAGAAAUCACACACUUGUCAAUCCAUGAAGGGUAGUGUUCCCAGAGAUUGUCUCACUAGUGCUUACCUCCACCUGCUGGCCAAACACAGUCAUGGCGGCACAGACGCUGAAGUCCAUGCACACACAGACACUGUGAACCAACGGCAUCUCAUUGAAAAAUCAUUGAGGAACAUUUGGGGAAACUCCAGUCCUGGUUUAGUCUCAGAGACUGCCUGUGUAACAUGGUCUUCUGUCUGGUCUGUCAGUGCAGGCCUACAUGGAAUAUAUUUUCUUUUUUUUAAUUCUGAAUCUCAUGGUUAUUCUGUGUCUUAAUAUUUAUCCUCAGUUUAUUGUGUAUGGAAAACAGACUUUAUAAGAAUAGGUUUAUAUUAAAAUAAGCUGGUUAGGAAACUCCCCUCUGUGCCGCUUUCAAUUGAGCACGUGUGCUGAGAGUUCUGACCCUGAAUGGUCGUCAUUGAGGGCUGUUGAUUAUUAUUGUUUUAGUUUCUUCAUUAGUUUGUUACAAUUCUAUAGUACUUCCUUUGUAUCCUGCACUUGAUAUGAUAAUGUGAUACACUAAACUCCAAAUGUUCAAGGCUCAAGCAGCAGUUUUGUGCGUUGGAGUCGGAUGAAUCGGAGCAGAUUGAAGAGAUGAGAUUGACACCAACUCUUGAAAGUAGAGCUACAGUCUCAGUGGACAGAAAAGACUAAAGUGAAGCGGUAGAGCCACAUCACACGGCAAUGUUCAAUCCCGCAGCAGAGACGAAAAGCUCCUGACACCUCUCGUUGACCUGAAAUGAUUUCUGCUUGUCUGAUUGUGGACGUUAGAGAUGAAAAUACUCCUGGGCUGAAUCAUCCCACUCGGUUAAAGAAUCAUAUCAGUGUUUGUGCAUGUUUUAGCCCAUUUACUAUGAUUUGAAGAUAUUUAACAAUAGUUUCCAUUCAUCUUAUUAUGGUAUUGAAAUGAACAGUCUUGACACUCUUUACACACACUAACAAAGUGAAUCCAUCACAGUAAAUACUGUGUCAUUGUGCAUUUACUUCAAGUUCUUCUGGUUUGAGGUUCAGUGCAGGCCGGGGCUGCAGCUAAUGAUUAUUUUUAUAAUAGGUCAAUCUGCAGAUUAUUUUCGAAGUUAAUGGUUUAGUAUAUGAAAUAGAGAAAAAUGGCAUUUACAAUUUCUCAGAGCCCAAUAUACUGUCUUCUGUGUCUUUUCCACUGUGCUUGUUUUGUCCAGAAUAUUGAGAUAUUCAAUUUACUGUCAUAUAUGUGAAAGGAAAACAGUAAAUCUUCACAUUUGAAAAACUGGAACUUGUAAAUGUUUAGAAUUUUUCUUAAAAAAUGACGGAAACGAUAAAUGAUGAAUUUUC